CUGCAAAUCAACAGGGGCAAAACCGUCCCGUUUUGAAAUAUUCCGAUCUUCUUUUUCUGCAUCAAAUUUCCCAAGGAACAGAGUAGGAUCAAGAGAGGGAGAAAACGAAAUUCAACAUGUCAACCACCAAGUCUCCCAUCGUGGAUAUCCACACCCACGUCUACCCACCAUCCUACAUAGCCCUCCUCAAGUCUCGCUCUAGCAUCCCCUAUAUUCGCUCAUUUCCACCAUCUUCCUCUCUCCGCCUCGUCAUAUUACCAGCCGAAGACACAGAAAGCACAUCAAGAGGCCGGCCUGUGGGAGCAGAGUACUAUGACAUCCAAGAGAAGAUCAAGUUCAUGGACUUGCACUCCAUCGAUAUCUCGGUCAUCUCUCUCGCAAACCCAUGGCUAGACUGGGUGCCUCAAUCUGAAGCUGCGAAAGCCGCCCAAGAAAUCAACGACGAGGUGAACGAAGAAUGUGGAAAGUUUCCUGGCAGGCUAUUCGCCUUCGGUACCUUGCCGUUAAGUGGGGGAAAGGAAGUCAUCGUUGAGGAAAUCACGAGACUGAAAGACUUGAAGUAUAUGAGAGGUAUUAUUCUGGGUACGACGGGUCUGGGAAAGGGAUUAGAUGAUCCGGAACUCUUACCGAUUUUCAAGGCGCUACAGGAUGCGAAGUUACCGAUUUUCCUGCAUCCACAUUAUGGCUUGCCAGGCUCGGUAUGGGGAGAGAGGGCAAGCGAUUAUGGACAUGUUUUGCCUCUUGCACUGGGAUUCCCACUUGAGACUACCAUUGCGGUCACGAGGAUGAUCCUCUCCGGAGUCUUUGAGAAGGUACCUGAUUUGGAGAUGAUCCUGGCGCAUUCUGGUGGAACUUUACCAUUCCUUGCUGGCAGGAUUGAGUCCUGUAUAGAGCAUGACGCACACCUAAAAGCAGAAGGGAAGCUUGGCAAGAGCAGGAAAACGGUGUGGAAUGUGCUAAAGAAGAACAUAUACUUGGAUGCAGUGGUGUACAGUGAGGUUGGGUUGAAGGCUGCAAUUCAGGCCAGUGGAGAAGAUAGAGUUAUGUUUGGGACGGAUCACCCGUUCUUUCCUCCACUGGAGGAGGAGGGUGCGAAGUGGGCGAGCGUGGAAACGAAUUAUGAGGCUAUUAAGGGAGCAUUGGGAAAUGCUACCGCAGAGACAAAAGGUGCACUGGGAGGAAAUGCUGUUAGGGUCUUGAAUUUGUCGCUGUGAAUGCAGAGAGAAAACUAUAUAAAAGUCAGUGUAAGGCCAGUAUCAGGAGAUUGUAGCCAAGAGCUUACGAGUCUAAGCGGUUUCGUCAUGUGUCAAAAUCAUGUCCUAUCUGUGCCUUACCCUCUCUCCAAACACAGUAACUUAUAAGAACGCCUCCAAGCACGAGGCUCGACGGUAUAUCCAUAGUCCACGCCGAAUGGCUGUCCUAUCAUUCAAGAUCGACAAAGCUAACGGUCAGGAAUUGUGUGGUCCAACCUUCUUGUGAACUUGAAGCCUCCUUUCUUUCCCAUACCCUGCAGAACGCGAUACAUUGUAAUAUCCACCAGUUGUCUAUUUGAAACCUCAAGAUCGCUCAGUCCAUCAAGACCCUCCGGAUUCUCUGCCACUCCACUAGAAAUCAUGGCGACUGUCUCGAGAGCAGGGAAAUGUGUCUUGAAGAACUCCUCAACUGAGAGCUCGGGGUUGAGAAUGUUGCACAGACCGAAUCUUGAAAGCCAUGACAGAUAGCAGCUACGAAGUGUGAGGCGCUUGACGUACUUGCAUAGCUCUGGAUAGUGAUAAAUCGUGCUACAGAAGAUCUUGUAGUCAGUAAUUCCAUUUCGACAAAGAGAACAAGUGUAAAGACAAUCAAAGGCUGAGUGCGGUGUCUGACUGUGUGUUAUGGAUUACAAGAGGAAAGAGAACUAGGAGAUCACUCACUACAUCAACAAAUUAUUCUUCCACCGGAGUGGAUACGUUGCCGCACGCGCCUUGUACAGAUAUGUGUCGGUGCACGAAGCUGAUGGGUUUGGAUUUAUGAACUUUCCUCGAGCGCUCAAGUCGAUAGUAUCCUUCUCGAAGUCGAUGAUUGUAACAAAAGAGGGCAUAUAAUUGAUACUCUCGUGCUUCUGUCUCGUGUAGAUACCCAGACCCAUCUUGCGAGACUCGUAGCAGACCUGAAGCAGCGACGGAACCUUGACAAGAGGCGGGAGGAUCGCCAUCCUUCGACCUUUGAGAUCAGCAUACGCUUGGGCCCAGAUCUUAAGGCGGAGCUCAG